AUGCCGUCGAGGAAAAGGCGCUGCGACUGUAAGCUAUUUGACAAACUUCCAACACUUGUGCUGCGCAAAAUCGCUAUAUUCUUGGAUUAUCCUAGUUGGUACACCAUCCAGAGUAUUUAUGUCGCUUGGAGGGCACAUCCACCUAGUUUAUUGACCCUCUCGGAUUCCAAUUGUUCUGAGCAUGUUUGGAACUGUCCUGAUUUCCCACUACCUCAGUGCCAAUUUACUACUAUAUGCACUGAUGCCUUCUAUGGUGGACUCGUGGAAUCAAACGGUGCUUGCGGGCUCCUCCUUAGGACUCUCGCGCGACGUCACAGUUUUUGCUCGCGCUUAACCAGCAUUGACUUAACUGGACAGUGUCAGAGACCUGCACAGGUGUCGUCUCUCCUUUCACCAAAGACCGCUCCCUGGUUUCCUUGUCUCAAAUUCGCAGCCUUUCGUCUAGCAGUGAGCCGGAUAGAUGGACUACCAUCGGAUCCCAUAGUGGAGGCAAAGGCGCCUAUCCAACUAGAGGAACUACAGUUGCAUUUGGCAUGUUGCUUCCACUGCAAAGAAGACGCCUUUGACGGAUUGCACCCCCUCCUAAAAAAAGUGAAACGUCUUUCAUGGGUUGUAGCCGACACGGCUAAGUUCAUUUUCGUUGACCGUUUUCCAUGGCCCCUUGUCGAACUCGUGUCUCUAGAAGCGUCGUUUCUCACAAUGCGCCAUCUCCUUGAGAUACAAUCUGACAAAGAAGAUAACUUCGAGAGCAUAAUGCCAAACCUUGCUUGGGUGACUAUUCAUUCGCCCUUCGGGAUUUCAACUCAUGCAGCAGGCAGAAAUCUCGUCACUGUUACAGGGUCACUAUCUAGUCUUUUCAAGGAGAUGGAUUCACAGUGUGCUCCAAUGCGAAAAGUAGUUUGGGGGUCUUCUAGGCCUAUCAAUAUGAAGCGAGAAGGUCUUCUUUCGGUAGAAGAAGUAACAUAUAGCACAUCAAAUAUGAGAAUCUCCUCAUGUGAUUUGUGUGUUUUGGAAAAAUUGGUUCGUUUGAAUACCUUCGUUCUGCGAUCUUGUUCUGCGACCGUGGGGGUUGAAACAUUCUUCGAACUCUUUUCCCUUCUUCAAAAUUUCCCUCUCCUCGUUCGUCUUACUUUGCCAAAGGAAUUGCUCAUGGCUUGGUCAAAUGACAAAAGUGUUCGCGAUGGUAUGGUAACCAUAGCAAGUAGAUAUAGUUUUCCCUCGCUUCGUCGCCUACACUUUGCGUCGAAUGACAAGUUUUCAAACUUAAAUCUCGUGACAUCUGUUCCUAUUUCUGGUAGCGAGUCCUGUGACGGCGUGCUCCUACCCAUUUUUCGAAUAUUUCCUAAUGUUGAGACCCUGAUUAUUGGCCCAGUGCCGUAUUUUCGUGGGGGCUCAAACUUGCUUGACCUCACAAACUUCUCACAACUUAAAAAAUUGUUCAUUAUGCAUUCUCGCAGCCUCCCUUACGACCACCACCAACGGCGUUUGGCUCUUUCAAAGUGGCUGCCGUAUUGCAAGACACUGGAAGUGUUCCUAUUGUACACGCAAAAUUUCAACUGGAUGGAGGAGCGUACAGAUGGAGGUCUUUUGGAUUGUCUGCAAAAAAACUCCAGCUUGCGCUAUGUGUGUGUAGUAUCUGAAGCCUCUAACUGCUCUUCAGCAAUGUCUGUAACAAGGUCGGACAUCGAGCGGUUGUUGAAAGGUUGGAGUUGCAGGAAGGGGCCUCUGGGGAAGUACAUUCUCUUCAUUUCUCACGAAGACCGUGGUAUCUCUUGUCUAGGAGCUGUACCAAAUUCCAAAGCCCGUAGAAGAUUUCGGAUUACAGAGCGUUUUGAAGUUCCUCGUUGGCUUGACCUCGUUGCGAGGUUUCCGGAACUCUUUUCGGUAUUUUGGCAAGACCUCGCGUCUGAGGUCGAUUUUGGUAUCCCAGCAUAA